UUAAUUCAACUUGGAAUUAUUUAUGUCUCCCAAAUCGCUUGUCGUGCAGUUUCGGCGAUCCCAAAUUCCCGAACUCGAGAAGGAGCCUCGAAUUCUCCACCGAAUGACGGGGAACGAGCGGCGAAGUGAAGCGGAAUCGAGUCCGGCGGCGGCGGCGGUCGCAAGAGCGGGGAAUGUGGGAGCGGACGUCGUCCCGGCGGAGGAGAAGGGGGCCUGUGUGGUCAUCGACGUCGGGAGAUGCAGCGGGAAGGAGGCAGACGAGGAUGAUGGCGACCGGGAGGGGGAAAGCGAGUGCCGGAUCUGCCAGUUGAGUUUGAGUUCCGGGGGAGAGGGUUCCGAGCUGAUCCUGCUCGGGUGCGGCUGCAAGGGCGAGCUCGGCGUCGCACACCGCCACUGUGCGGAGGCUUGGUUUUCGGUCAAGGGCAACAGAUAGGAUCGAUCCAGGUCUACAGCUCCUAGCUCGAAGUCUUUCCUUCGUCAACAUUCCUACCACCUAGCCAUCACACCAUCUCCCUCCACUUUCAGACAUGGUUAAAUUUAACGUCGUCUGUGGAAAAAAUGUCUAAAUUUGAAACGCGAAAAUGGAAAAGGCUGGAUGACUCAACACUGUUAAUUUGUCACAAGAAGACUUACAGCUACUAAUAACUGUCCGAGCACAGAGGUUAGUACAACAAUAACAACCGGUGUCUUUUGUAGAACAACCCAACUGCGUCAAUGACAAUGAGGAACCGAGUGGAUGACCCAAUUGGAUUCCAACCAAUUCCUCUUCUCCUGAAUAGAUUCAUGCAAGCAUCUACACAGUCGAUCAGCUUUCCGCCCGUGCCCCCAUCCUCGGUUGCAUAUAUUUUUUUAGUUUAAUUAUCUUGCUACGACUCAGUCUAAUAUUCAUUGAUGUGUCCUCACCUUAAUCAUUUUCUAUGUGAUGCAGAUGUUGUGAGAUUUGCGG